AUGCAACAACAAGUCGUAUCGUCAAUGAAUCUUCGUAAUGAUGAUGAUAAUAAGAUUGAUUGUUUUAGUUAUAUUGGAAAACAAUGCCAUUUUUAUAUUAAACGUAUUAAUAUAGUUGUUAAGAAAGUCUUAUGUGAACCAUGGCCUAUAAUAAUAUCAAAACAAUCAAUAGAAAAAGAAAAGAAACAAAAAUCGUCGAAUAUUCGUAGUUGUGAAACAAUUACUACAAUCGAUGUAAUAUCACUUUGUCAGUCAAAUAAUCAUUGUCAACAACAAUCGUUUACAUUAUCAUCAACACAUUCAAAUUCAUUAAUUAAAACAUCUAAAUCACAAACCUCAAGACAAUUACUAGAAAGUUUAAUUACUGUAAUUGAUACUAACAUGCCUUUAGCACAAAAUUAUAAAGAUGAUGUAUCACUUUUGGAAUCUGAAACGGCUCUUACAAAAGCAACAAUGGGUUGUACUACGGACUCAAAUUUUGGUAUACGCCAAGAAUUCAAUACAAGACCUAAUCAAGGGCGUAAUCUUGAUAAAAAUGGUUUUUCAAAUGUUUCCAUAGCAGCAACAACAACAGCAACAAAUACAGCCCAUAGCAAUAUGUUGGUGGAUGAUGAUUUGCCUGACGUUGUUUCUAAUGUAAAUAUUCUAUUAUACGGUGACGUGUGUAUGGAUUUUCUUGAGCUUCCUCGUGCUGUCGAUCAUCGUACAUUCUAUUUAAGUUCAUGUGAGUCAGGUGCUGGUAUUGACAUACAUGACUCAAAUAUAUCAUCUCGGCGUUCGUCUUUAUCAUCAACUUCAUCGUUAAAUGUCGGCUUACCAACACCAAUAUCACCUGUUCAUACAAAUAUUUUUUUAAAUGUUCUCAGACGUCUACAUUGUUCCAUAGUUCCUCGUAAAAAACAUGGCCGAUAUCGUUCACUUUCAACUUCAUUACAUCUUUUCUUUAAAAAAAAUCAUCGACGAUCAAUUGAUUUAGAUCAAUCAUCAAUCGAAUUUUGUAAAUCACCAUCUAGUCCAGAAUUUUCAACGAUCAAAGCAGAUAUUGAACAAAUAAAUUCAUCAAAAAAAGGCAAUGAAAGUUGUCGACAAUUAUAUCUCACCGGUGCAAGUAAAGAUAGAACUUCCAAUAGUAAAAAUAAUGAUUUUCAAUCACGAAAAUCAUUAUUACGACGUUUUAGAAAAUCCGAUAAGACAGUUAGUGAAGAUAAUAAUACAAAUACAUUAAGCUCAGUCGAUUUAGCUAUAACACCACAAUUACUUCCAACUCUAUUAAUUACAGAAUCAACUUCAUUAGUUACACCUGUACAGCAACUGACAUGUUUCGAUUUAAAACGUGAUGAACCAAAUAAUAGUGAACAUGAAAUCGAAAUUACUAAUAUUACAAAAGAAGGAUGUGAACGUGCUGAUGCAUCACAUUUUGAACUACUUCAAACACUCGGCGCUGGUUCAUUUGGAAAAGUUUUCCUUGUACGGAAAAUUGUCGGUCCCGAUUCAGGUUCACUUUAUGCUAUGAAAGUGCUCACUAAAGCAAGUCUCAAAGUUCGUGAUCGUCAACGAACAAAAAUGGAACGAGAUAUUCUUGCACAAAUCUGUCAUCCAUUUAUAGUUAAACUUCAUUAUGCUUUUCAAACGGAAGGCAAAGUGUAUUUGGUGCUUGACUUUUUACGUGGUGGAGAUCUAUUUACACGUUUAUCAAAAGAAGUCAUGUUUACUGAACGUGAUGUUCAAUUUUAUUUGGCAGAAUUGGCUUUAGCACUUGAUCAUUUACAUUCACUUGGUAUUGUAUAUCGUGAUUUAAAACCAGAAAAUAUUCUUCUCGAUACGGAUGGUCAUAUUGCAUUAACUGAUUUUGGUUUAUCAAAAGAAUCAAUUCCAACGCAAGAUUCCAAAACAUUUUCAUUUUGUGGUACUGUUGAAUAUAUGUCACCUGAAGUUGUUUCACGUAAAGGACAUUCACAUGUAGCUGAUUGGUGGUCAUUUGGUGUAUUAGCAUUUGAAAUGAUAACUGGACAUUUACCAUUUCAUGGUGCCAAUCGUAAAGAAACAAUGAAUAUGAUAUUAAAAGCUAAAUUAGCUAUGCCAACGUAUCCAUCAUUAGAAGCACAAAGUUUAUUGCGAAUGUUAUUUAAACGUAAUCCAGCUAAUCGAUUAGGUGCAGGACCAGAUGGUUUUCGAAAUAUACAAAAUCAUCCAUUUUUUGAUUCAAUCGAUUGGGAUAAAUUAUAUAAAAGACAAGUUGAACCACCAUUUAUACCACCUAUUCAUUCCGAUUAUGCGCAUUAUUUUGACAAAGAAUUUACAUGUAAAACACCUACAGAUUCACCGGGUUUACCACCAAGUAUUGAUGCACAUGAUUCAUUCCAUGGUUUCAGUUAUAUUGCACCAGAAUUAAUAAGUGCUCGUCAAAAUGAUCCAACAUAUUCAAAUAAUGUUGAAAGACGUUUACGAUCAAUUGUUGGUGUUAAACUAACACCAUUUCAAGAUGAAUAUGAUAUUAAAGAAGCAUUAGGACGUGGUAAAACAUCAACAUGUUAUAGAUGUAUACAUCGACAAACACGUCAAGAAUAUGCUGUCAAAUUUAUUAAAGAUGCAGGUAUUAAUGAUCCAUCUGAUGAAAUUGAAUUAUUAUUUCGUUAUAAUCAAUUACAACAUAUUAUUCGAAUGCGAGAUGCAUUUUUCAAUGCACCUAAAGUUUAUAUUGUAACAGAAUUAAUGCGUGGUGGAGAAUUAUUUGAUAAAAUUCGCCAAGAAAAAUCUUUAUCCGAACGUGAAAGUGCAAAAAUUAUGCAUGUUAUUAUUAAAACUAUUGAACAAUUACAUCGAAAUUCGAUUGUACAUCGUGAUCUUCAACCACGAAAUAUAAUGUAUGUGGAUGAAAAUCGUCAACCAUCAUCAUUGCGUAUAGUUGAUUUGGGUUUUGCUAAACAACAACGUGCAGAAAAUGGAUUAUUAAUGACACCAUGUUUCACGAAAGAAUAUGCUGCACCAGAAGUUUUAUCAAGAAAAAAAUAUGAUGAAUCAUGUGAUAUAUGGAGUCUGGGAAUACUUCUAUAUACUCUACUAGCUGGUAAUACACCAUUUGCACUUGAUCGAAACGAUUCUCAUGAACUUAUUCUUGCACGAACAGCUGUUAAAUUAUCAUUUACCGGACCAACUUGGGAUCGAGUAACAGAUAAUGCAAAAGCACUUGUAAGUGCAAUGUUAGAUGUAGAUCCGAAGAAAAGACCAACUGCAUUAGAACUUUGUAAACAUCCAUGGUUUAUUAAUAUAGAAAGUCUUCCAAAUGCAAAAUUAAGUAAUAUACAAGACCAUAAUCUUGUUCGACAUAAUCUUGACGCUACAUUUAAUGCUAUCAAUGCAAAUCCAAGUAAAAGUUUAACACUUGGUCCAAUUGGUGAUUCAAAUUUAUUUAAGCGACGUAAUGAACGAGCUGCUCAUCAACAGCAAACUGAAAAAGUGAAAUAA